AUGGCGACCAAAAUGACGGCCAUACGGCCUGGCUCCAGUGCCAUUCGCUCUUUGUCCCGAAGAAGACCUUCGUGUUCCCAGGCCUUCUCCUCCACUACCCCGGCAGCAGCCCUGUCACCUCACCGAAAGUCUCAAAAAUCCUCUCCCGAACAGUCAAGACGGCCUGCGACGACUGCGGCUGCCCAAGCACAAACCACUCGACCUCUCCCCAGUCCUGCCUUUAACAAUGACUUCCGCCGAAGUGAGCCCUCGCCUUUGGUCAACAGGCAAAUGCCUGAGCUCGACGACUCGUUCGUGGGGCUCAGCGGCGGAGAAAUCUUCCACGAGAUGAUGCUGCGACAAGGUGUCAAACACAUCUUUGGCUACCCGGGUGGCGCUAUUCUCCCAGUUUUCGACGCCAUCUACAAUUCAAAACACUUUGACUUUGUUCUGCCCAAACAUGAACAAGGGGCGGGCCACAUGGCAGAGGGGUAUGCUCGAGUAUCCGGGAAACCUGGUGUCGUCCUUGUGACCUCAGGUCCCGGCGCAACAAACGUUGUAACCCCCAUGCAAGAUGCACUUUCCGAUGGGACGCCCAUGGUUGUGUUCUGUGGCCAGGUCCCGACCACCGCUAUUGGCACCGACGCUUUCCAGGAAGCUGACGUGGUUGGAAUCUCAAGAGCCUGUACAAAAUGGAAUGUGAUGGUCAAGAGCGUGGCGGAACUGCCCAAGAGAAUAAAAGAAGCCUUUGAGAUCGCCACCUCGGGAAGACCUGGUCCCGUCCUCGUUGAUUUACCCAAAGAUGUUACGGCUGGCAUUCUACGGAGACCCAUCCCCAUGCAAUCGACCUUGCCCUCCCAUCCUUCCGCCGCUACCCUGGCCGCCAGAGAGCUUUCCCGAAAACAGUUGGAGGGCACCAUCUCGCGUGUGGCCGAUCUGAUCAAUAUUGCAAAGAAACCACUCAUAUAUGCGGGGCAAGGCAUCUUGGGAUCUCCCGAGGGCCCCAAGCUUUUGAAAGAACUGGCUGACAAGGCCUGCAUCCCUGUAACGACGACCUUGCAAGGUCUCGGAGGGUUUGAUGAGCUUGACCCCAAGUCUUUACAUAUGCUGGGCAUGCACGGUGCCGCCUACGCCAAUAUGGCAAUGCAAGAAACCGACCUCAUUAUCGCUCUCGGAGCCCGCUUUGACGAUCGAGUAACCCUCAAUAUUGCGAAAUUCGCGCCCGAAGCGAAACGGGCGGCGGCCGAGAAACGAGGAGGGAUUGUACACUUUGAGAUCAUGCCCAAGAACAUCAACAAGGUCGUGCAAGCGACGGAAGCUGUCGAGGGUGAUGUGACGACCAACCUUGCGGAUCUGGUACCCAAAGUCAAGCCUGUCAAAGAACGGCCCGAGUGGUUUGCGCAGAUCAACGACUGGAAAAAGCGAUUUCCUUUGAACAGCUACGAGAAGGAAACGCCCGACGGUCUGAUCAAGCCGCAAACAUUGAUUGAAAAGCUCUCCGACAUGACCGCCCACAUGAAAGAGAGGACCAUUAUCGCUACCGGCGUCGGCCAGCAUCAAAUGUGGGCCGCGCAGCAUUUCCGAUGGCGGUAUCCUCGGUCGAUGGUCACAUCAGGCGGCCUCGGGACGAUGGGAUACGGCCUUCCCGCUGCCAUUGGCGCGAAAGUUGCCGCACCGGACGCGCUCGUGGUCGACAUCGACGGCGACGCUUCCUUUAACAUGACUCUGACCGAACUCAGCACGGCGAAUCAGUUCCAGAUCGGCGUCAAGGUCAUCAUCUUGAACAAUGAGGAACAAGGCAUGGUCACGCAGUGGCAGAGUCUCUUUUACGAAGACCGAUUUGCCCAUACGCACCAAAAGAAUCCUGAUUUCGUCAAACUUUCAGAAGCCAUGGGUGUGCCAGCACGGAGAUGUUUGAAGCCAGCCGAUGUGGAGGAGAGCUUACGGUGGUUGAUUGAAGGUAGUGGCGAAGGCCCAGCGCUCUUGGAGGUCAUUACCGACAAGAAGGUACCAGUUCUGCCGAUGGUACCCGCAGGCAAGGCCCUGCAUGAAUUUUUGGUUUACGAUGAAGCGAAAGAAAAGGAGCGGAGAGCGAUUAUGAAGGAACGCUCUGGACAUUGA